CACGCCAGACGCCGGCGGCUGAAGGGCAGGGGAGCCCGCGGCCUCGCUGCGGGGCUGGGCCUAUGGCGGCGACGGCGACGGCGGUGGCGGCGGGGGCCGGGGCCGCGGCGGGGGCCGAGUCGGCCGAGGGGCCCCCGGGGCCGGCGGCGGCGCUGGAGCUGUGGCUCAAGCUUGAAAGAGCUUCUCCGUCAGGACCAGUGAGAUAUUUCACUGGAGAGCCAGAUAAAGCCACAGACCCAAGCAUGUCAGAACAGGAUUGGUCAGCUAUCCAGAAUUUCUGUGACCAAGUGAACACUGAUCCCAAUGGCUCAACCCAUGCACCUUGGCUACUGGCCCACAAGAUCCAGUCUCCACAAGAGAAAGAAGCUCUUUAUGCCUUAACGGUGCUGGAGGUGUGUGUGAACCACUGUGGGGAGAAGUUCCACAAUGAGGUGGCCAAGUUCCGCUUCCUGAACGAGCUCAUCAAAGUGUUGUCCCCAAAGUACCUAGGCUCCUGGACCACAGAAAAAGUUAAAGGAAGAGUCAUUGAAAUACUCUUCAGUUGGACAGUCUGGUUUCCAGAAGACAUCAAGAUCCGAGAUGCUUACCAGAUGCUGAAGAAGCAAGGAAUCAUAAAGCAAGACCCUAAACUACCAGUGGAUAAAAUCUUGCCCCCACCUUCUCCCUGGCCCAAGAGCUCCAUCUUUGAUGCCGAUGAAGAAAAGUCAAAGCUUCUGACAAGGCUUCUGAAGAGCAGCCAUCCUGAGGAUCUUCAGGCUGCAAACCGGCUGAUCAAGAAUUUGGUCAAGGAGGAACAAGAAAAAUCAGAAAAGGUGUCCAAGAGAGUGAGCGCUGUGGAGGAGGUACGGAGCCACGUGAAGGUGCUGCAGGAGAUGCUGAGCGUGUACCGCAGGCCAGGGCAGGCCCCGCCAGACCAGGCCGCCUUGCAGGUCGUGUAUGAGAGGUGUGAAAAGCUGCGGCCCACCCUGUUCCGGCUGGCAAGCGAUACCACCGAUGAUGACGAUGCGCUUGCGGAGGUUCUCCAGGCAAAUGACCUCCUCACCCAGGGAGUUCUGCUGUACAAACAGGUGAUGGAGGGCCGUGUCACCUUUGGGAGCACAGUGGUCAGCUCUUUGGGAGACAUACCUGUCUCCAGAGUCUUUCAGAAUCCAGCAGGCUGCAUGAAGAACUGCCCCCUGAUUGACUUGGAGGUGGACAGUGGGUCCGAGCAGGCUGGGACUGUGGCGCCAUCUUUACUGCAUCAGGACCUGGCAGCCUUAGGGAUCAGUGAUGGCCCAGUUACUAAAAAGGUUGCGAGUCAGAAUUGCGGUCAGGAAAAGAGGAACCCUACCACCAGCACGCUGCCGGGUGGUGGUGUUCAGAGCCCUUCUGCAGAAAGGAACUUGCUGGAUCUCCUCUCCCCACAGCCGUCUCCGGGACCUCUGAAUUAUAUUCCGCAGAAAAGUAUCCCCAAGGAAGUGCCACCAGGUACUAAGUCCUCUCCAGGUUGGUCCUGGGAGGCUGGCCCAUUGGCUUCUUCUCCAUCUUCCCAGAAUACACCUCUGGCUCAAGUGUUUGUCCCUUUGGAGUCUGUUAAGCCCAGCAACCUGCCUCCUCUUAUCGUGUAUGACCGGAAUGGAUUCAGAAUUCUGCUCCACUUUUCCCAGACUGGGGCCCCUGGCCACCCAGAGGUGCAGGUGCUACUGUUGACCAUGAUGAGCACGGCCACCCAGCCUGUCUGGGACAUCAUGUUUCAAGUAGCUGUGCCAAAGUCAAUGAGAGUGAAACUACAGCCAGCGUCCAGCUCCAAGCUUCCUGCUUUCAGUCCUUUGAUGCCUCCAGCAGUGAUCUCUCAGAUGCUGCUGCUUGACAAUCCACACAAAGAGCCCAUCCGGUUACGGUAUAAGCUGACAUUCAACCAGGGUGGACAGCCUUUCAGCGAAGUAGGAGAAGUGAAAGACUUUCCAGACCUGGCAGUCUUGGGUGCAGCCUAACUCCUCACUGGACAGACCCUGCCAUUCAAGCUUAGGCCAGUGUUACUUUUGCUGUCUAGAUAGGACUAAUCACGGUGAUUUAGUGCAGAGUGCCAAGAGUUCUAUCCUGACAUCAGGCUCUGGAUGCCAACCUCUGACUUAUUCUGCAGAUAUUGUGUGUGUGUGUGUGGCCCGGGGGCUGAGGGGCAGGGAUGUGGGUGGUGUGGGAAAUGCUAAAGCAUUUCUGAUAACCAUCUGCUACGAUCAUGUCUGGUUUUGCAUGUUGGUGGACACUGAUGUCCCUGCCUCGAGUUGGAGGUUUUAUAAGCCAAAGUUGUUGUUGUUGUUUUCCAUGUAUUAUUAUCUUUUCAUUCAUCCACUCUGUGCCUUGUCAGCCUUUGAAAGACUUGGUUGCUCCCAGGCUGCUGUUCUCAGGGACCUUAAAAGGAACCUGGUUGGUCUUGGGGCAGAGUGUCUUCUGGGACACUCUCUUCCAAGAAAGACCUUGUCUCCAUUUCCAUUAGCGAAUGCUGCUUGCAUGUGUUCAGGAAGAUCUUCUAAAUGGAAUGCUUGUUGCACUGUGUUCUAGGCGAGGGGCUGCCACUAGACCAGAGGACCGCGCUUGGUGGGCCAAUCAUGUCCUUCACCACUGUGCCUUAGAAUUGCCCAUAGAUGGACCCUUCAGGGCAGAGGGGAAAGCAGAUCCCAGGCCUUAUUCAGGCCUCAGGUUCCAUGGGUUGGGCAGCCUGUCUGGACCCUUCCUCAGGACCCUCAUCUCCAUCCUCAUCCUCUUUCACCACAAGCACUUACCCAGAGCUCUUUGAUUGUGACGCCAUGCCAGUCAUUGUAAAUCAUAACUAACAGGUUCGCCCUGGCCUGUUGACUUCACAAUCCAGGAUGAAGAACUGUGAUGCAAAUGAGAUAUGAAGUGAGUUUAGCAAUGAAAAGUGAUGACUAAAUAUAGAAAGUCAUUGAAUAAAUACCCGUGUAGCGAAUAUACUUUGUGGAGUUUUGAGUAAGUAGGAGAUGCAAAGCCUGUUGCAUUUAGAGAUAAUAGGCUUGAAGGGAUCAUUCAUCUGUUGAAGUAAGGAAGACUUCCUGAGGGAUGUGGAACCUUAAGAACUGCUUCAGUGAAGAGAAGCCCUGAGGAUCUGAAUGAAGCUGGAAGAGAGGUGGAUUCUUGUUACAGUCAUGGUGUGCAGGAAAAAUUCAGGCUUGCAGUCAGUUAAUACUUAGCACCUGCAAUGUGCUAGGCAUUUGUGCAUGUUUUACAAGUCUUGCUUGGCCUGAUGGGUGGGUGAAGAGAGCUGAGCCUGGCUGAGAUGGCCUGAUGAAGGAUGCCAGAUCCAAGCAGCUCACCUGUCUGGGUAGGAGUCUGCCUCAGAAACUGCAAGGCUCUGUUUGGGGCUCUUUAUCACAAAAUCUGGUACUUUACAGUCUGAUGUUUUACCUUCUACAUAUAGUUGGAAAUCUGCCAGCACUAUUGUGGGGAUGGGAGCUGUAAAAAAUCAAGGUAUGUUACUUUUAAAGCAAACGUGAAAACUCAUAAAACAGAUAAAUGAUGGGGUGACUUCUUCAUUUGGCAUAACUCAUAAGGUUCAUUUUAAUCUAAAAUUUUGUGUUCACAUAUUCUAUAUAGCUUUUAUAGGCUCUAGCUAUUUCAUAAAGUCUCCUAGAGGUGCCCAUCAUAAAGACGAUGCCUACCUAGAACUUCCAUCAAAAAUGGGUGAAUGAGACCUACACAUGAAAAAACCUUUAUCACAUAGUUAAAAGGUAGACUCACUGCGUGUGAACAUUCUUCUGUCUUCUGGGAGACAGACUCCCAGUGGUGCUCUGCUUAGAUAGAGUUGGACAGGGUAAGGGGGUAGGGAGGUGGGUGUCCUGAAAGUGGCCCUGGUUUAUGUUAUCAGUGCCUUCUAAUUAUGAAGUUCAGCGACCACUUAAGAAGAACCAACCCGUAUCUUUUAUUCACUCAGCAAGUUGUUGUUGACUAGCUUCUGUGAGCCGAGCACUGUCGUAGGCACUGCAGAUACAGCAGUGAUAGAAGGUCCCUGCCCUCGUGGGUCUUCUGAUGGGGAGAGACAAAUCCAUAAUGUGUCUGGUGGAGAUUUGGCACUGACGAUCCAGUAUUUUCCCCUAUCCUGAACUCUUCCUUCCGGGAUCCUGCUCAUCCCUAUUUCUUGAACUACCUCUGACUGUUCUUUUUCCUCUGUCCCUUAAAUGUGUUUCCACACGGUUUAGUCCUUAGGACUUUUCUAAGCAUUCUGGGCAGUUAACUACUAGAUGAGUGGUAGACCUCUAUCUCAGGCUUCCACCUCCUUGCUGACAUCAGGUCCAUAUUUUAAGCCGUCUAAUGGAUAUCUAUCUGGAGGUUCCACUGUUGCCUCCAAGUACUUGGAAUGGAACACAGCCGCUUCUCUCAUUCUCUCUCUGUUCUUCUAUUUGAAAGCACCUAUCCAAGCCUUCAUAGCUCCUUGAUUCUUGUUUCAUCUCCGUCCCCCUCAGUACUUUUGUCUCGUCUAGUCUAUUUCUAAAUAGUAUCACAUCUUGCCCUCCCCACUGCAUUCACAUUGUCACUGCCCUGGUUUGGCUUUUUUUUUUGGACGGUGCCGUAGCCUGCCUCUCAGUUCUCCUCUGAGCCAUUAUACUUGCCAGCAUCAGAAUUCUGUAACAUACCUGGGCACUUGACCCCUGCUGAAAAACUGUGAAUGGCUUCUUAAUGCCCUAAAAGCCUAUGCAGCCAAAUUCAAGUUGUUUACUCUGGCGUUCAGUGCCCUUCUGUAACUUUGUAUGCUCCUUACCCUUCUGGCAUCAUCUGUCAAGAAUAGAGCACACUUUGCCAGAGCCACAAGAAAGUCCCUUCAUGUUUCGGUAAUGCCAUGUUUUCUCGUAUCUCUUUGAAUACACCUGUAGUUAACUCC